CGGAAGUGGGACAAAGUGAUUUCCGCUAACGCCAUAGCCUCUCACUUCUAAGUUCAGCGCUGUUCUGGUCCAGAAGGCCAAAUAGCGAAAGCAUCAUGCUGCGACUGCCGACCGUCGGGCGAGCUCUCGCCGGGGCCGCCAAGGGCAGCCUGGCGUCUCCCAACCCUGUGCGUACUUCAGUGCGUGCUGCCAGCAACAUGGUGGAAGUGUUUGUGGACGGGAAACCAGUAGAGGUGUUGCCUGGAACGACCGUGUUGCAGGCAUGCGAGAAAGCAGGCAUUCAGAUCCCCAGGUUCUGCUACCACGAGCGACUCUCAGUGGCGGGAAACUGCCGCAUGUGUCUGGUGGAAAUCGAAAAAGCACCAAAGCCCGUUGCAGCCUGCGCCAUGCCUGUGAUGAAGGGGUGGAACAUCCUGACCAACUCAGAGAAGACACGCAAAGCCAGGGAGGGAGUGAUGGAGUUCCUGUUGGCCAACCACCCGCUGGACUGUCCCAUUUGUGAUCAAGGAGGAGAGUGCGACCUGCAGGAUCAGUCCAUGCAGUUCGGCUCAGACCGCAGCCGCUUCUCAGAAGGAAAGCGGGCAGUGGAGGACAAGAACAUCGGGCCGCUCAUCAAAACCAUCAUGACGCGCUGUAUCCAGUGCACACGCUGCGUUCGUUUUGCCAGUGAAAUCGCUGGAGUGGAGGACCUGGGAACGACAGGCAGAGGAAACAACCUGCAGAUUGGGACGUACGUGGAGAAAAUGUUCAUGUCAGAGCUGUCGGGCAACGUGAUCGACGUGUGUCCCGUGGGCGCGCUCACCUCCAAACCCUACGCUUUCACUGCACGUCCCUGGGAGACAAGGAAAACAGAGUCCAUCGACGUGUUGGACGCUGUGGGGAGUAACAUCGUGGUGAGCACCAGAGGAGGGGAGGUGAUGAGGGUGAUGCCCCGGCUGAACGAGGACGUCAACGAAGAGUGGAUUUCUGACAAGACCAGGUUUGCGUAUGACGGUCUGAAGAGGCAGCGGCUGACCCAGCCGAUGGUGAAGGACGAGUCGGGUCAGCUGACCCCGACCACCUGGGAGGAUGCUCUCACUCGUGUCGCCGGAGCACUCCAGAGCGUGCAGGGCAACGACGUCGCCGCCAUCGCGGGAGGCAUGGCCGACGCCGAGGCGCUCGUCGCCCUCAAGGACGUCCUCAACAGACUCAACUCGGAGAACCUGUGUACGGAGGAGGUGUUCCCCACGGCCGGCGCCGGCUCGGACCUGCGCUCCAACUACCUGCUGAACUCCCGGAUCGCCGGGAUCGAGGAGUGCGACCUCCUGCUGCUGGUGGGAACGAACCCGCGGUACGAGGCCCCGCUGUUCAACGCCCGAAUCCGCAAGAGCUGGCUCCACAACGAGCUCCAGGUCGCCGUGGUGGGUCACGGGGUCGACCUCAGCUACACCUACGACCACCUGGGAGAAGAAACCUCCGUCCUGAAGGAGCUGGCCAACGGCACACACCCCUUCUGCCAGGUGCUCUCAGCCGCCAAGCGCCCCGUGGUGGUGGUGGGCAGCAGCGCCCUGCAGAGGGACGACGGCGCCGCCAUCCUGAGCGCCGUCUCCACCAUCGCUCAGAACGCCCGGGCCAGCAGCGGCGUGGAGGACGGCUGGAAGGUCCUCAAUGUCCUGCACAGGGUGGCGAGUCAGGUGGCCGCGUUGGAUCUGGGCUACAAGGCCGGCGUGGACGCCAUCAGGAAGAACCCGCCCAAAGUCCUGUUCCUGCUGGGAGCCGACGCCGGCUGCAUCAGCCGAGCGGACCUGCCCCAGAACAGCCUCAUCAUCUACCAGGGUCAUCACGGGGACGUCGGAGCGCCGAUGGCGGACAUCAUCCUGCCCGGGGCGGCCUACACCGAGAAGAACGCCACCUAUGUGAACACCGAGGGCCGGAGCCAGCACACCAAGGUGGCGGUCACGGCGCCGGGCCUGGCCCGGGAGGACUGGAAGGUCAUCAGAGCCAUCUCCGAGCUGGCCGGCGUCACGCUGCCCUACGACUCUCUGGAGGAGGUGCGGGCCCGGCUGGCCGAGGUGUCUCCCAACCUGGUCCGCUACGACGACGUGGAGGAGGCCAACUACUUCAGACAGGCGCUGGAGCUGGCUCAGACGGUGAACCAGGACCUCCUGGCAGCCCCCCUGGUGCCGCCGCAGCUUUCAGCAAAGGACUUCUACAUGACAGACUCCAUCAGCAGAGCGUCCCAGACGAUGGCCAAGUGCGUGAAAGCCGUGACGGAAGGAGCGGCCGCCGUGGAGGAGCCGUCCGUCUGCUGAGCCCCUCCUCCUCUGAAAACACCCUCACGCCUCCCCCCCGACAGACUUGGUGUUGCUCUUUAAUUUAAACCUGUCCUCGAUGCUUGUUGUAAAUCGUUUUCACUCCCGUGAGCGAGCUUUGUUGAAUGAUGCUGAAGAACGUACAAAAUAUAAAUAAACUCCUACAAAAGUCACUUUG